GGGGAGCUCGACUGACUUGGCUAAGGUCACAUGACGUGUAAAUAGCAGAGCUGGGAUUAGAACCCAGGACUCAAGGCCUCCAAAGUCCAGGCUCUCCCUCCCCCCUGGUGUCCAGAGGGGAGCCAGCCCCUGGCAGGAGCUCUGACCGUCUGUGUGUCCUGUGGCACCCGCCAAGGGAGGCCUCUGGCCGUGUCCCCGCCUCUCUGGUCCAAGCCUUCCCGCCUGGCGGCCACAGAGCAAACAAGGUGGGAAGCAGAAUAUUUGUCCUUCUACGUAUGUGUCCGGCGGGAGGGAGACACACAAGAGAGGGCUUUUCAGAUGGCCCAGCCUCCUGGGAGCGCUGGCCGGAGUUCCAGGAACCUCGGCCCCGCCCGGCCGGCAGUGUGCCCCGCCCCGCCCGUGCCCUCGGUCCCGGCUAGGCCUGGUGCCCGGGAGCCCGAGAGUCCUGCUUCAAGUCCAGCUCUGCUCCCCGCAAGCUGUGUGACCGCCCCUCUCGGAGCCCAGUCUCCUCGCCUGAGCAGUGGGAACCAGUGACACUGUUGUCAUCAGCUUGUCUGUUCGAGUGACACCCAUCGAGGUGCCGGGCACCCAGAGGUGGAGGAGAAGAUGGGUUUGCUACCUCCUGGUGUCCCUGCGCUCACAGCCUGGGAAUGCCCCCUCCCCGGAACAACUGGGGUAAAACCUCCCCGGCGAGCAGCGUGGAGCCCGGCAGUGAUUGUAGGAAGGUCAGGGAGGGCUUCCCGGAGGAAGGGACAAUUGAGCUGGCCAAAGAUGGGUGAACCAGGCAAAGAAGGGAGGCAAGGGGCCGGCACUUUGCACCGGGGAGCAGAGUUCGUGCACUGCGGGAAGUCCGCUAAAGUCCUGCAGCCUCAGUUUCCUGUUCUGUAAAAUGGGGGCAUACCGAUGGUGUUAGAUGAGGAAAUUGAAGACUGGGGGCCCACACGGUAGGGCCACGCGUGUUUCUGAGCCCCUCCUGUGCCCAGAGCACGCGGAGAAUGUUUCUGCUUGGCAGGUCCUGCUGUGCGCCAGGUGCGCGCGGCCCACGGCAGUGCGUGUUCUCUGCUCGCUUUCCCCACGAGGCGUAGGCAUCCCCAUUUUACAGAUGGGGGGACUGAGGCUGUGAAAUGUCACCUUGGCCAACAUCAUGCAGUGUGGAGCUAAGUGUGGAGCCUGGAUUUGAACCCUGCUCUGUGGGGCUCCGAAGCUGGCUUGGUGGGUCAGGCCCUGGGCUCCAGGUUCGGGGUCCCAGUGUGACUGUGAGGCCCGUCCUUUUCCCGCUAAUGCCCAGGGCAGCUGGACCCAAGGCCAGCUUGUGUUUCCACGUUCCUGAAAGAGGCCCCUGUUGCGGCUCCCGCCCGGGGCUGGCGGCCAACCACAUCUGGGAGUGGCCACCCUGCACCCCUGUCAUUACAACGGUGGCUUUGAAGCAGCUGGCAGCAGUGCUGCUUGUCCACGUGGGAGGGGGCUUCCUGGAGUCCCCGGCUCUGCCCAACUCCCUCUCGCUCCCUGCAGGCUGCGCAGCGCAGACGGGCAUGGCGGAGCCCAGCGAGGGCCCCCACACGGGGCCCGGGGAGGCGGCUGAGCCCCCUGGGGACGAGAGCAGCACCCCCGGCGGGGAGGCCUUCCCCCUCUCCUCCCUGGCCAAUCUGUUUGAGGGGGAGGACGGCUCUCCUUCGCCACCGGCCGAUGCCGGUCGCCCAGCUGGCCCAGGUGAUGGGCGACCAAACCUGCGCAUGAAGUUCCAGGGCGCCUUCCGCAAGGGGGUGCCCAACCCCAUCGACCUGCUGGAGUCCACCCUCUAUGAGUCCUCGGUGGUGCCCGGGCCCAAGAAAGCACCCAUGGACUCGCUCUUUGACUACGGCACCUAUCGUCACCACCCCAGUGACAACAAGCGGUGGAGGAGGAAGGUCAUAGAGAAGCAGCCGCAGAGCCCCAAAGCCCCUGCCCCCCAGCCACCUCCCAUCCUCAAAGUCUUCAACCGGCCCAUCCUCUUUGACAUCGUGUCCCGAGGCUCUACUGCUGACCUGGACGGGCUGCUCCCCUUCCUGCUCACCCACAAGAAGCGCCUGACUGACGAGGAGUUCCGGGAGCCGUCCACGGGGAAGACCUGCCUGCCCAAGGCCCUGCUGAACCUGAGCAGCGGCCGCAACGACACCAUCCCCGUGCUCCUGGACAUCGCCGAGCGCACCGGCAACAUGCGCGAGUUCAUCAACUCGCCCUUCCGCGACAUCUACUAUCGAGGUCAGACUGCCCUGCACAUCGCCAUCGAGCGCCGCUGCAAGCAUUACGUGGAGCUGCUGGUGGCCCAGGGGGCCGACGUGCACGCCCAGGCCCGGGGCCGCUUCUUCCAGCCCCGGGAUGAGGGCGGCUACUUCUACUUCGGCGAGCUGCCCCUGUCGCUGGCCGCCUGCACCAACCAGCCCCACAUCGUCAACUACCUGGCCGGGAACCCGCACAAGCAGGCGGACCUGCGGCGGCAGGACUCGCGCGGCAACACGGUGCUGCACGCGCUGGUGGCCAUCGCCGACAACACCCGUGAGAACACCAAGUUCGUCACCAAGAUGUACGACCUGCUGCUGCUCAAGUGCGCCCGCCUCUUCCCCGACAGCAACCUGGAGGCCGUGCUCAACAACGACGGCCUCUCGCCCCUCAUGAUGGCCGCCAAGACGGGCAAGAUCGGGGUCUUCCAGCACAUCAUCCGGCGGGAGGUGACAGACGAGGACACUCGGCACCUGUCCCGCAAGUUCAAGGACUGGGCGUACGGGCCGGUGUACUCCUCGCUCUACGACCUGUCCUCCCUGGACACGUGCGGGGAAGAGGCCUCCGUGCUGGAGAUCCUCGUGUACAACAGCAAGAUCGAGAACCGCCACGAGAUGCUGGCCGUGGAGCCCAUCAACGAACUCCUGCGGGACAAGUGGCGCAAGUUCGGGGCCGUCUCCUUCUACAUCAACGUGGUCUCCUACCUGUGCGCCAUGGUCAUCUUCACCCUCACCGCCUACUACCAGCCGCUGGAGGGCACCCCGCCGUACCCUUACCGCACCACGGUGGACUACCUGAGGCUGGCUGGCGAGAUCAUCACACUCCUCACUGGGGUCCUUUUCUUCUUCACCAACAUCAAAGACUUGUUCAUGAAGAAGUGCCCUGGGGUGAACUCUCUCUUCAUUGAUGGCUCCUUCCAGCUGCUCUACUUCAUCUACUCGGUGCUGGUGAUCGUCUCCGCGGCCCUCUACCUGGCAGGGGUCGAGGCCUACCUGGCCGUGAUGGUCUUUGCGCUGGUCCUGGGCUGGAUGAACGCCCUUUACUUCACCCGCGGGCUCAAGCUGACGGGGACCUACAGCAUCAUGAUCCAGAAGAUCCUCUUCAAAGACCUCUUCCGCUUCCUGCUCGUCUACUUGCUCUUCAUGAUCGGCUACGCUUCAGCCCUGGUGUCCCUCCUGAACCCGUGCGCCAACAUGAAGGUGUGCAACGAGGACCAGACCAACUGCACGGUGCCCACCUACCCCUCGUGCCGCGACAGCGAGACCUUCAGCACCUUCCUCCUCGACCUCUUCAAGCUGACCAUCGGCAUAGGCGACCUGGAGAUGCUGAGCAGCACCAAGUACCCGGUGGUCUUCAUCGUCCUGCUCGUCACCUACAUCAUCCUCACCUUCGUGCUGCUCCUCAACAUGCUCAUCGCGCUCAUGGGGGAGACGGUGGGCCAGGUGUCCAAGGAGAGCAAGCACAUCUGGAAGCUGCAGUGGGCCACCACCAUCCUGGACAUCGAGCGCUCCUUCCCCGUGUUCCUGAGGAAGGCCUUCCGCUCCGGGGAGAUGGUCACCGUGGGCAAGAGCUCGGACGGCACCCCGGACCGCAGGUGGUGCUUCAGGGUGGACGAGGUGAACUGGUCACACUGGAACCAGAACUUGGGCAUCAUCAACGAGGACCCCGGCAAGAGCGAGACCUACCAGUACUACGGCUUCUCGCACACCGUGGGCCGCCUCCGAAGGGACCGCUGGUCCUCCGUGGUGCCCCGCGUGGUGGAGCUGAACAAGAACUCCAGCCCCGACGAGGUGGUGGUGCCUCUCGACACCGUGGGGAAGCCCAGCUGCGACGGCCACCAGCAGAGUUACCCCCCGAAGUGGAGGACUGAGGACGCCCCCCUCUAGGGGCCGAGGGUGGGGCCCGUCCCCUCCACCCCUGCAAUUCUGGCCUGUCUGCAUUUCAGCGGCUCCCCCAGGCGACCCCCAUGCCUUGCUUUGAGCCCAGAGGCGAGGGCCAGGAGGAGACGCCAGGGAGGCCCCAGGACCCUCUGGGCCCCAGGCUCCUGCCCCCAGCUCUGCGUCCCCACCCUGGGGUAGGGGCUCCCGGCCGCCUGUCUCACUCCCAUGGAGUCACGUAAGCCAAAGUCGGGCCCUGCCCCGCGUCUCCACUAUUUAUUUGCUCUGCUCUCAGGACAUGGGGUGACCCCCACCUGCCCCAGAGCCUGGCAGAGGCCGCGGGACUCCGUCCAGGUGCGCUGCCCUGCCGCCCGCCCAGCCUGCACCCAGGGUGGCCACGCCACCUCGUCCGCCCGCGGUGGGGCCUCGCCUUGUGUGUUCUGUAGAGUCUGGGAUUCCUUGGUGCUCAAUAAAUGUUCAUUGAUUGCUGGUGGA